AUGUGGAGUGCCCCAGAAGUUCUACGCCCACUUAGAACCCCUCUCUAUCCACUGCAGAAAUUCCAUGAUGAACAAGGAAUGCCAACAAAAAUGAAUUCCACCAAUGCACGACACAAGCCAAGAAAAACAAGAGACCUUCCGGCAUUAGUCUGCCCCUCAUGCGACCGCCGGUGCGUGAGUAAAUCUGGCCUCACUUUGCACCGCAUCUGGCUACACGAGUGUCCGCCCACUCGCGCGCCCCCCGGCCAACGCGACGAACGCGAGAAAACAGCUCUGCGUCUUUUGAGCCGUAGUACCCUUCAUCCUCUGCGAAUGUAA